UGAACAAAAGCUGCAAUGUUAUAUAUUUUUCUUCUUGCAGGAUUUGCCUGGGUCACUCUGGCUACCAAUGACUCCUACUCUCUGGGAGCGUUGGUGCUGGCUCACUCUCUGCGGAGAGUAAACACAGCUCACCAGCUGGUAGUACUCAUCACGCCAGGAGUCACAGAGGCUAUGAAGACUCAGCUGAGCGCAGUAUUCAAUAUUGUCAAGUUGGUAGAUGUAUUGGACUCAAAAGAUGCCGACAACCUCGCACUGCUUGCCCGACCCGAGCUGGGUAUCACCUUCACCAAACUGCACUGCUGGCGACUCACACAGUUCGACAAGUGUGUCUUCCUAGACGCUGACACUCUUGUGUUGCAGAAUAGUGAUGAGCUGUUUGAGAGGGAAGAAUUGUCAGCUGCACCAGACGCAGGUUGGCCUGACUGUUUCAACUCUGGAGUAUUUGUCUAUAAACCUAGUGAUGAAACGUACAAAGCCCUCAUUGAAUUUGCUUUGAUUCAUGGCAGCUUUGAUGGAGGUGAUCAAGGCUUACUAAAUCUAUUCUUCAGUGACUGGCCUACUAAGGAUAUCAAGAAACAUCUUCCUUUCGUCUACAACAUGUGUUCUACAGCCACAUAUUCCUAUUUGCCAGCAUUCAAACAAUACGGCCAAGGAUUGAAGAUCAUCCACUUUAUUGGUACUGCGAAGCCUUGGCUGCAACCGUUCAACACAGAGACAGGCUUGGCAAGUGUAUCCGGCGUAUCACAGAACAUCACACAGUUCGUUCAGCUCUGGUGGGAUCUCUUCUGUACCAGCGUACAUCCUAGCCUUUCCACGGAAAUGACUCGGCACCGUCUCAGUAGCAGCUAUGUCUUCCUGAAUUCCACUCCUCCAAUCUCAUCUGAGCCGAUAUGUCCAGUGAUUGAGACAAACUAUUAUGGACCCAGGCCACCCACACCUCCCUUACCUUCUUACGUAGAACCACUCUUUCAUACGGAAGAGUCCUACACUUAUUUCGAUCCCUGGGAUGACUUUGUUGAGCAAAACAAUCCCGGCUCUGAGCCUUACCAAAACUACAACCAUGUUGCAUCGAGUGAAAAUCACUCAGAUUUCAGUGACGGACAGUUUACAGGACAUGAAAACGAAUACAGGGACUUCUGUGAACCUCACCAUUCUCAUCAUAAUUCUCAUGAUCACAGUGAAUUGCACAAUCAUUCUCAUCACACAAACUAUUCUAUGGAAAGUGAAGUGAAGCAGGCUUUGAGCUGCUCCAAUAUUUCUGUUGGUGGUGGUGAAGGAGAUUUAGGCAUGUGGAAUAGGCCUUCAAGACGAGAUAGUUUUUCGCAGCCAGAACGCAGUGUCAGUGCUCCAGAAAUAAGAUUGGCAGAUUCCGUAGUACCCCAGACCUCGCAUGAACCCCCAGCACUACCCCCGCCUCAUUGUCAGCAUAGUUCUGUAGACAACCAACCCCAAGAGCACUCACUUCCACAGUCUGAUGCCGGUCUGGCUGGGGCAUUAGCAUCAGUUACAUUGGGGGCUCCUCUUUCUGCCGAGCAAACAGCCCUGGAAGAACAUCUAAGGCGCCAGGGCUGGGAGCAGGGCAACAUCGAUUAUAUGGGAAAAGAUUCAUUUGCCAACAUUUGGCAAAAAAUAUGUGAUACUUUGGCAAGUGUUCCACGACAGAUUCCAGCAGAGGAGACCCCUGCUCCAGUAGCCCCUGUAGCUGCGCCAGUUUACGUGUCUUCAGUCGAGAUUUCUCCGACUGGGCCAAUAGAUACGAGUCCACCUGCCAGUUAUGCCCCCGUAAGUGCCCCUAAACCAACUGUCGUAGCUUCUGACAAUGAAGUUGCUUCCAAAGCAACAGAACCAGCAGAAGCUGUGACUGUUGUCCCUGAAUUAAAAUCUUCCGUUGCAGAAUUAAUUUCUACCGAAUCUACUGUCGUCCCUUCAGCAUCAUUAGAUUCAUCAGCACAGACCUCUACACCUGUUCCGGCAAUCAACAGUGAAACUCCAGCAGUUGCAGCUCUUCCACAAGAAACACUAGAAACAGCGGUUAAAACUAGCAUCAGUCCUGAUCCAAUUGAAUCAGUGCCUUUGGUUCAAACUGAAACUCCAUCUGUUGCUUCAGCACCUGAUACAUCUCUUGCUCCUCUUGCACCUAUAGCUACACCUACUCCUCCUCAAUCUGUUCUUUCUACAAAAGAACUUCCCACUGAUCCUACAGCAGAAACUGCAACUCCUGUUCUUCCAGCAAAUGACAAUCUGGUAUCAUCACAAGUUUCUGUAGUCAGUGAGGCUCCAGCACCAAUCACUUCUGAUCAAAUCCCAACUCAAAUCCAAGCAGUUCAAGGAGAAACAACCACAGUAGCUCAACCACCAAUUACAUCUCCAGCCCCUGUAGAAGUUCCUUUACUUCCAGACACUACUGUUCCACCAGUCUCAGCUCCUAUAGAAAUUCCAUUACCCGUUCAACCUUUGUCUGAAACUCCUGUUCUUCCUGCAUCAAAAGAGGAUCCAUCCAUAUCAGUUAAAGAACCUGUAAUACCAAGCGCCCCAUUAGAAACAGCAAUACAGCCUCAAGCUACUGUUGUAUCACCUCUAACAGAAACAUCGACUCCUGUUCCACCCGUAGAAGUAAAAGCCCCUAACUCCCAAUCCACAAUAGAAAUUCCUGCACCCACCUCUCCAGUUCCCGUUGCUGCAGAAACAACAGUUAUUACAACACCUGAAGCAACUGUACCUGCAAUACCUGAAAGUAUUACUCAAGUAUCACAAGAAAAACCAUCUGAACCAUCAGUUGAGACUCCUAAGGCUCUUCCAGGUGAAGAAAAAGUCACUGAAUCUUUGACACCAGUGCAACCAGUGAUCGAACCUACUCCCCCAACUUCCCCUUCAGCAGUGCCUACAGAAACUACUAAAACUCCAGUUGAAGCACAACAAAAAACCCCCAUCACAUCUCAUCCGUUAGACUCAACCCUUGUACAACCGGAUACUCCUACAGUGACAGAACCAACUCCACCAACUUCUCCCCCUACUGCUCCUGUGGAAUCUCCUCUUGCAACAAAGCUAAAGGUAGACUCUGAAUUGCCAGCAACACCCCCAGUAGGGUCCAGUGCACAACCCAGUCUUGUUGCAUCUACAGAGGAGCCUCCUGUUCCACCAAAGAGGAAAGGAGGUGCAAAGGCAAAUCAAGAUGGCAAAAACCAAAAAAGUGGUAAACAGUCAAAAGGGAAAAAAUAAAAUUAUACCUACACAUUUUAAAUGUCAAAUGUUGAGUUGCUUUGAAGUGUACAUGUGUAUUAUUAAUACCUCUAACAUGUUGAAAUAAUAAAACCCCAAAUUUGUUAUUAACAAAAUAAUAUGCUUUUAAUUUCUGCAGGAAUGCACAGACAUUUUUUCUAGUCACGUCUAUUUUAAGAUUUAGGAGUGUUGAUAAGUUCAUAGGUGCCAAUGGCUUAUUCUGAAUUUUUUAAAUAUACAAAAGUUAUAAUAUAUUCUACUUAUAAACUAUUUAUGUAAUAUUAAAAACAGGGAAUAGAAAAUGGACACUUUAUGGCUAACUUUUACUAGAAGCUGAUGCUUUUAGAAAUUCCUUUCAAUCUGAGAAUUCUUAGAUUUUGUCAUGAUGAGCUACUACUGUAUGUUGAAAAUUCUAAAUGCUGAAGACAAUAUACUUGUAUAAAAUUUCCUAAGGAAAUGAAUUUACUUUAAGUCCUUUUAAUGUAAUUUUUUGUAUUCAAUUAUUGUUAUACAAAGAUAAAUAUAGUUUUGAUAACUAAUGUUAAACAUGAUCAUUGAUUUAGAAUAGUUUGUCACGUUGUACAAUGUGUAAAAAUAAAUUAUUUGGAAACAAAA